UAUUCUUCUCUUCCCGCUGGCUCUUCUUUCCACAUUCCAAUCCAAGCCCGGCGAAGGCGAAUAAAGCAAGGCAUGAAUGGGAGACGGCGUUGACGGUGAACGCGAUUACUGUUUCGCGGCUAAUCGUCGGCGGCGUCAGUGGAUGGCUUGACGCCUGACUGCCUGAGCCAUGGCGCCACGCGUUCACCUCAUCCUGCUCAUUGCUGCGCUCGUCCUGCUGGCGGCGGCGGCGGCGGCGCUGGUUUCCGGAGGCCAUGGAGCCCGCCGCCACCUCGCGGUCGCAGAUGGUGACAGCGAGCACCGCCGCCUAGGGGUGGUCGAGCGGCGGGCGAGCGACGCGGGGGCAGCAGCCGGGCGGUGGUCGGCGACCGUCAGGAAAGGCGGCGGCGGCGGGCGUGGCGGCCACGGACACGGCCGCGGCCACGGGCACGGACGCGGCCACGGCGACGGCAACGGCAGCGGCCGAGGGCACGGCACGCCGGAGACGCCGGCCGUGUUCUACCCCCGCACCGUCGCCGGCAACGCCAACUACCACCACGGCCGCAGCGCCGCGGCGAUGACGGGCCCUGGGCGGCUGCUGGCCGCGCGCGGCGUGCUCGUUGCGGCGGCGGCCGUGCUGCUGCUUCGUCUCUGAUCUCGAUCUCGGUCACCUGCAUCUCUCUGCAUUGCUUGUUCACUCGAUCCAUGACAUACUUUCAUCUAGUUUUUGGUGAGAUCGACGAUGGGUGCCGAACGCUUUCUUGUGGUU